AGUUCAGGAUACCGUACAUGCUAAGCUGGACUUGUAGAGACAAUACACCGCCACAGUCUGCACUGAUUCCUGUCUUUCGUAGCAGUGUCUCAGCAAGACCAUGACCGAAAGCAGACGAGUCUCGUAUUUCUAUGAUGCCGAGGUAGGCAACUACCACUACGGCCAAGGUAAGCAAUAUGAUGGCAACAUCCCGGAAGGGAACCGUUUUGGCCAUCAUGUGGCUGUGUGUUUUGACUCAAACAUUCCGACUCUAACUAAUUGCUCGUCAUCGCUUCUCAGGCCAUCCGAUGAAGCCUCAUCGCGUGCGCAUGACCCACAACUUAGUUGUGAAUUAUGGUCUAUAUCGAAAGAUGGAAGUUUUUCGACCUCGUUUAAUUUCUCCCACCGCUAUGACACGUUUCCAUUCUGACGACUACAUCAAUUUUCUAAAAGUUAUCACGCCGGACAACAUGCAGGACUACAACAGACAAUUGCAGCGAUUCAACGUUGGAGAGGAUUGUCCUGUUUUCGAUGGAAUUUAUGAGUUUUGCCAGCUAUACACCUCGGGAUCGAUUGGCGGAGCAGCGCGACUGAACGAAGACGCCGCGGACAUUGUCAUUAACUGGGCAGGGGGGCUCCAUCAUGCUAAAAAAGCAGAAGCCUCUGGGUUUUGCUACGUCAAUGAUUGCGUUCUUGCAAUUCUUGAGCUACUCAAAAAACACGAGCGGGUUCUCUACAUCGACAUUGAUAUUCAUCACGGAGAUGGAGUUGAGGAGGCAUUCUACUCUACAAACCGUGUAAUGACCUGCUCUUUUCACAAAUUUGGGGAAUAUUUUCCCGGAACUGGUGACGUCUUUGAUUAUGGACAUGCAGAAGGGAAGAAUUACUCUAUCAACUUCCCCUUGAAUGAUGGGAUGGACGACAAGGCCUAUAGAAGCGUCUUCCGCCCUGUUAUCGGAAAGAUCAUGGAAAUGUUYGCCCCCGGUGCAAUUGUCUUACAAUGUGGAGCAGACUCAUUGUCUGGAGAUCGCUUGGGGUGCUUUAAUUUAUCUGUAAAGGGACACGCAGACUGCGUAAAGUACGUCCGGAGCUUUGGGGUACCCAUGUUGGUUCUGGGAGGUGGAGGGUACACGCUACGCAAUGUACCGAGAUGCUGGACGUACGAAACUUCGGUCUUAACAGGGGAAGAAGUAAAAGACGAACUUCCCUUCAAUGACUACUUUGAGUACUUUGGACCGGAUUACCGCCUUAAUCUUCCGGUGAGCAAUAUGGAGAAUCUUAAUUCACCCGAAUAUCUUGAAAAGACGAAGGUCCAGCUUUUGGAUAUUUUGUCAAAGGUGGAACCUGUUCCGAGUACGCAGAUUCAAACGGGACAGGUAGAAUCCCAGCUCAAUCCCCGCGGGAUGAACAUGGAACUUGAUAACCACGGGGCAGAGGAAGUUGGCCGAAAAGAACAUCCGUCGGAACUGGUAGCUUAAGCUUGCUUUCGAGACCGCGAAGGGAUAUUGAUGCCAUUUUUUGUAUGAUCAUCUAUCAGGGUAUUGAUACGAUGCACAUAAGAGUAAUUCUUUGGUUUAUGAUAUCUUCUUUCCAUGCAUUAAAAACAUUUGGAUAGCAAUGUGCUCUCUCGAAAUUGAACGUGGAUACGGCUAGUAGGACCAACUAUUGCUUGCUCACUYCACACCGAAAUCAUUAUAAGAAUUACAAUUGCAAGGUCAAUCAACCAAUUGUAUCAAGAUUCGGAAGAAAUACGCACUUGCUCAUGUCGCACUGUAUGACYCUCGUCUUUCACUGAUAGUAAUUCCAUAUCUUGAUUUGUAUCUCAUCGACCAUGUGCAAAAUACYGAGAUGGCAUUGGACCUCUACAGACUUUCGACAAAUUAAUCUUUGUAUUUGGUAACAGAGAACUGCUACUACAAACACGAUGCGAGCGAUCUUCAGGAAAGAGAAAAACUACCUGUUAGCAACAUAGAAAGCAUGCAAGAGCCCUCGUUUGCCUCGUAAAACAAAAUAAAUCUAUUAGAAUUAAAUGAUAUUAUAUAUAUAUAUUUACUUCGAUCGAGGGCUUGUUGAUGCCUGCUUCGUCCGUUACUUUGACGUCGUACAAAAGGUCCAUUGCAAAAUGAACAGGAUAGUACGGUGGUAGUAGAGGAAGCACCACUUCGRUUGGUCGAUAAAAGUAAUAAUUYCAAUGAUACAAGUAAUGAUUUCAAAGAAUAUUCACAUAUAACAUGAAAAAGGCAUGUAGAAAAAGAAAGAAGCACAUUUCACGCGCAUCGAAGCUCAAUGGGAAUGGUGAAUUGCUUCGCUUUCAUAAUGCUGGUGUCUGAGCUGGGUGUUCUCAGACAACAUAGGGUUUGUGUUCGUAUGAAAAUAAAGGAGAGAAUUAGCUGCGUUGCAGGGUGUUUUGUGGACGCAAAUAUGUUAGAAUAGACAAGUGGUAUUGGGAUUUGACUUGUUGGCUAGCUGGCUAACGCGCUGGAGAGAUCUCGAAUGAGAGUGGAAAAUACAUUGCUCGUCUUCGUAACAUUGAUCUCAAAUAGACUAGGAAAGGAACCUCGCACCAUUCUCAUCAUCGUCGUCGUCGACAACGAUGGCUUUUCGACCACCUCUACUGUCUUGAACUUGGUUGCCCUUCCGUAAAACAGAAUUGUUGUUCCUCGAAUCGAUACCACCGGUAUCCAAAAGGUCGGCCGUAGGCACCGCRUUGACGACAUUCUGUGGAGAUUGAUUCGUAGAACCGGACUUGGUUGCAGURACCGUUGAUGGUUCGGCAGACAAGUUGUGGUCUAGAAUGAUGACUUGGUUCUCGGCAUCCGCGGAACAAUGGUAUUGUCUAAUGCUCCGGGCCCAUCGCAAAAUCUUGCUUGCGAGGUUAGCGAUAGAAGUUUUGGGUUUCUGCCAGCGGGCGAUCGACCCACCCCCAGUCGAGUUUUGGUUCAUUCCAUGAUUGUCGUCAUCMAUGGUAGCAAUGGCUUCCCAGGAAUGGAAAUCGUCUUCCACGGCAUGAGUUCGCUGACGAUUGGCAACAACUACAACUCGAGGAGUAGUAAAAUUCUGAUCGUCCAACAGAUCGAUAGGAGGUUGAUUCGUUUGAAAGUUGUUGGGCAUGACCAAUUUGACAUU